AUGUCGUAUGAACUGAUCAUAAAAAACCUGGAGUUGGAACUUCAGAACUUCAAGAAUUAUAUCAGUACUCAAAAUGAUUAUUUUCAAAAGCAACUGAAAGAGAAAGAUGAUCGAUUGAGAGAUCAAGAGAAAAAACUCACACAGCAUGCCAGCGAUAUGAACUAUUUGAAACAGGAAAAACAACAAUGUGAAAACUAUUAUCGAAAUGAAUUGGCGACUCGCAUAACAGAAUAUGAAAACACUAAAAAUGAAACAUUACAUUUGAAAAACUCUCUUCAACAAAAAGGUGCAGAAUGUUCCCAGUUGCAAAAUUUACUAAACAAGGACGCAUCAAACAUGAAACAACGCGAUAAAACAUUGAGGGAAACAGUUGCUCUAGCUCAAGUCAAAGUUUUGGAUUUGCAAAAUUCCAAUAAUGAAGGAGAUAAAAACGAUCAUUUGCAAAAACUGAAAACUCUCAUUGACCAAAUGCACUCAAAAUUAGAAACAUAA